AUGUUAUCGUCACGUAUCAUAACAAAUAAUUCUUAUCGAAAUAAUACUAUUAUGAUAUUAGCUGAAGAACAAUCAAAUAUUACAGAUUCUUCAUUUCAUAAAAUGCCCAUGCGAAAUUGGUGGCGUCGACAAUAUUUUCAUUUGCGGCAUCUGUCGCCUAUAUGGUUUGUCAUAGUAUUUAUUUGCAUAUUAUUCCUAAUUAUUAUUGUGCCCAAUCCAUUUUCGGCUCAAUAUAGUAGAAGUUCAAUUAAUCAAGAUGUUCAAUGGAAAAAUAUCAAAGAAAUAUUAGAAAUUAAAGAACAAAUUUUUCAAAAUGAAACAUUAUUAAAUAAUGUUAAAGUUAUUCGACAUGGAAGUAACGAACGACAAAUUACUUCUAAUAUUCUCAUUGUUCUUUAUACUACAAUUUUUCGUGACAAAAAAUUUUGUUCAUUUUCUAUUCAACGUAUUUUUGGUAAAUCUUGUCCAUCAAAACAUCGCUGUUUAUGGUCAUGUGAUCAUAAAAAAUUUCGUGAAGCUGAUGCAUUGAUAUUUCAUGCUUAUGAUAUUCCAUUAUAUCGAACAUCGAUGCCAAGUCGUUCCGAAACAAAACCUAAUUCUGUUUGGAUUUUAUGGUCAGAUGAACCUCCUUCGAUAAUUAAUUAUGGUCUAUUUAAUUCUUAUCAUUUUAAUUGGACGAUAAGUUAUAAAUUAAAUAGUGAAGUAUCUAUCGCUACAUAUGGUUUAUUUAGUCAACGCGAUAAUCUUCUAUCGAAUAAUAAAUAUCAACAAUGGACGGGAAAAGAAUUUUCGAAUCGAAUAAAUGGUGCAUUAUGGUUUGUUUCAAAUUGUAAUGCAAAAAAACGUUUAGAAUUAUUUUAUAAUUUAAAAUAUUCAUCAAAAUUAUUAAUUGAAGGUUAUGGUCGUUGUGUUGAUAAUUAUCCAUUGCAUUUAUGUAGUUCAUUUAGUCAAUGUGAACAUGAUUAUAUGUCUAAGUUUAAAUUUUAUUUAAGUUUUGAAUCAAAUACAUGUCAAGAUUAUAUAACUGAAAAAUUUUAUAAAGCAUUUUAUUAUGGUCUUAUACCGAUUGUUUAUGGACCUGAAAGAAGUGAUUAUAAUCGUUUAGCACCAAAGAAUUCAUUUAUACAUAUUGAUGAUUUUGAUGAAGAUAUGAAUAAACUUGCAAUGCAUUUAGAAGAAAUUCAUACGAAUAUAACUUUAUUUUCAAUGUAUCAUGAAUGGAGAAAAAAUUAUGAAAUUAUUAUUGAUAGUAAAGCAUUAGAACGUGUACGUAUGUGCGAAUUAUGUCAGCGAUUGAUUAAUAUACGGAAAGGUGAAAUGACUUAUUAUGACAAUAUUGAGAAAUUUUAUACUGAUAAAUGUAAUUAUAUAUGA